AUGUUUGCUAUCACCCCCCAGCGCCGGUACGACGAGUACGACCGUUUGUUGCGACUGUUAGACGAGCUGUCCAACCCCUGGGGCAGCCCGGUUCCGUAUGGAGAAGGUGCGUUGGCCAACGCUAGGGGCCGGCUAGGGGACUCUGAGAUUCAUAACACGGAUAAGGAAUUCCGCAUACGUAUGGACCUUGGUAACUAUGCUCCAGAGGAAGUGAAAAUUACAUCUGACAAUGACAGAAUUAUUGUCCAUGCCAAACAUGAGGAGAAACAGGACAACCACGGUUUUGUCUCUCGUGAGAUGUGUAGAAAGUACAAGCUGCCCAAGGAAUGUGAUCCCAAGUCGGUGAUCUCGACCAUGAACUCUCACGGAAUUCUCAAUAUAAAGGUGGCAAAGAAAGCUAUAGAACCACCAAAGGAGACAGCAAUCCCAGUUGAAUAUAAGGAAUAA